UCUCCAUCUCUAUUGCCUGAAGGCAAUGCCUUCAUAUUGACAUGUUUGUUACAUCAAAUUUGUAUGGAUAAAAAUUAAAGUUAUAAAUCAUAUCAUUGCGAUUUAAGUAAAAAAUCUUCAGACAACUGGUGACAUAUACGAAAUCAUCCUUGUACGUUUUUCAUUUAUAAACACUACUAUGUUAUCGCGAUUAAAAUGGUUGGGAAACGCGCAUCCCAAUAUCUGGCGGUCGCAAGUAAAUAAAAAUUGCAAGUUUGUGUCAACAAAUAAGAAGUUUGGAGCUUCCCACACACAAGGUGACGUACCAAAUUUAAUCCACCAUCAUGAACAUAAGUAUGCAGAAGGAAAAAUAUAUAAUGGGUUCCUAUGCGAACAUGUGGAGCACAUUUCUGAUUUUGAGCUUACGUCUUAUACUUUGCGGCAUCAGAGAACAGGAACGGAACUAUGGCACAUCGAUAGAAACGAUGCAAACAACGUAUUUUCAAUAAAUUUUCGAACAACUCCCUUUGAUUCCACUGGGUUGCCCCAUAUACUAGAGCAUUUGGUGCUAUGCGGCUCCAAAAACUAUCCCGUUAGGGAUCCAUUUUUUAAAAUGCUUAACCGCUCUGUAGCGACAUUUAUGAAUGCAAUGACCGGUCCAGAUUAUACCAUAUAUCCGUUUUCGACCAUGAAUGAAACUGAUUUCAGAAAUUUGCAGCGAAUUUACUUAGACGCUGUAUUCAGACCAAAUCUUUUGUAUUUGGAUUUCCUUCAAGAGGGCUGGAGACUUGAGAAUGAAGACAUACAUGAUUGCAAUUCCAAGCUUAUUAUUAAAGGAGUAGUUUAUAACGAAAUGAAAGGCGCAUUUUCUGAAAACUCGCAGGUUUUUAGUCAGAAUCUGCUAAACAAUAUGCUUCCUGAUCACACAUAUGGAUACGUGUCUGGAGGAAAUCCAUUGGAAAUACCCAAAUUAACGCACGAAGAUUUAAUUGAGUUCCAUCAAAAAUAUUAUCAUCCAAGUAACUCUCGUAUUUACUCUUACGGAUCUUUUGAUUUGACUAAAACACUCUGGCUUCUCGAUAAAGAGUAUUUGUCAGAAAGAACCUGUAUUGACAACUCAUACAGUCAAAUACCUCAACAACAGCGAUGGCAACAACCGCGCAACGUACAUAUUUCCAGUAGAUUGGACAGUAUGGGCGCAACUAUUGACCGACAGAACCAAAUAGCCAUAGCGCUGUUAAUGUGCGAUGUGACCAACUUACAGGAGAGUUUCGAGUUAAACGUCCUUUCGGAGGUAUUAAUCCGUGGACCCAACUCACCUUUUUACAAGAGCCUAAUAGAACCAAAUUUCUCCGGGGGUUACAAUAGAAGUACGGGAUACUCAUCAGAUACAAAAGACACAGCUUUCGUCGUUGGAUUACAAGACUUAAGAGUGGAAGAUUUUACAAAAUUCUGCGAGAUAUUCGAUCAAACCAUAACUCAUUCCAUAGAAAAUGGGUUUGAGUCCCAGCAUGUAGAAAGCAUUUUGCAUAGUCUCGAGUUAUCUUUAAAGCAUCAGAGCCCGCAUUUUGGAAACGCUUUGCUGUUUAAUUCUACUGCCCUGUGGAACAAUAAUGGCGAUAUAGUGAGUAAUCUUCGAGUAUCAGAAAUGAUAUCAAGUCUUCGAACCAGCUUAAGAAAAAACAAGACAUAUUUUCAAGAUAAAAUUCAACAAUAUUUCGCCAAUAAUACACAUAGACUUACACUUACUAUGUCCCCUGAUGCAUUAUAUCAAGAAAACUUUAAACGGGCUGAGUCAGAGAUGCUAAGACAAAUAGUUGCUGUCCUAGACAAAGAAAAGUUCCAAAACAUUUAUCAGACUGGUUUGGAGCUGGACGCUUUUCAAAAGGUUAAACCGAACACGGAAAUUUUACCAUGUCUGACCAUCAAUGAUGUAAGCGAGCCACCAAAGUGGCCAAAAUUGAUUGUAGAAACGAUUCAAAAUGUACAUACUCAAAUAUGCAAAGUUUCGUCAAACGAGAUUACGUAUUUAAAGUGCUUGUUUAAUGCAACAAGUUUAAGUCAAGAAGAGAUUCAGCUUUUGCCUCUGUUUUGUACUGUUAUUAACAACAUGGGCACUUCUAAGUAUGAUUUUCGUGAGUUUGAUAAGCUAGUUCUGUCAAAAACCUCUGGAUUCGAUUUUAAGUUGAAUUUUAUCGAAAAUAUAAGAGAUGCAAAGAGUUAUAAAAUCAGCGUAUUGAUGGACACACAUGCACUUGAUAAAAAUGCUCCAGAACUUUUUUACCUCUGUCAAGAGUUAUUGCUAAACUUUGAUUUUACGGAUACGGACCGUCUUAAAAUGCUUAUUGAAAAUUACAUAUCCAAUAUAUCAGUUGGAGUUGCUAGUUCUGGUCAUGUAUAUGCUAUGUUAGGAGCAAGUGCAUUGGUUACUGAUGCCAGUAAUCUUAAGUCCCGUUUAUUUGGAAUAGAUCAUAUAGACUUUAUGAAAACUCUGGUACAAGACAAUAAUACGGUUGACAUCUGCAAAACGUUAAAAUCAAUAGGAAAAAAACUAUUUUUGAAGAAUAAUAUCCAAGUAGCUAUUAACACUACGGAAUCUUACUUGGCGACUGCAUUGCAACACUAUAGAAAUUUCUUGGAAACUUUACCAAGUCUAGAUAACUCUAAAGAAAGCCAUUCAAUUAAUUUAUUAAACCCAAGCUGUCAGCACUAUAUCCUGAAUAUACCGGUUAAUUACUGCGCUAAAGCCUUUUUUGCAGCUCCGUAUUUGCAUCAGGACCAUCCUAAAUUGCGCGUUUUAGCGAAGCUACUUUCAGCCAAGUACCUGCUACCUGUUGUCCGUGAAAAAAACGGAGCUUAUGGAGCGGGUGCAAAGAUAAGUUCAGACGGUAUUUUUAGCUUUUAUAGUUACCGGGACCCACAUUCAAUCAAAACACUAGAUACUUUCGACAAAACUUAUGAGUGGACACGCUUGGAAAAAAAUAUUGAUCAAGAAGCUUUGUUUGAAGCCAAACUGGGUGUUCUGCAGCAGUUGGACUCCCCGAUAGCACCUGGAAAUAUUGGUAUUGAUUACUUAUUGUAUGCGGUAUCGCAGGAUAUGUUUGAAAACUAUCGAUCACGAAUGCUCUCUGUAACUGUCGAUGAGAUACAUGAUACAGUUCAGAAAUAUUUAAAGAAAACGCCCAAAAAUUUUGGAAAGUGUAUUAUAGGUCCAGAAAACGAAGAAUUGCAAUUGGAAACUAAUCAUAAGUGGAAGAUAAUAUCAUAGCUGUAACACUUUCAAAUCAGUGUGAUCGUAAAGUUCCUGUUUUUGGUUUUAUUAAAACGCUGCCAUUUAUUGACGUUUAUUUCAAAAUA